AUGAGCAGCGGGAAGCGAUCCUUCUUCGCGCCCAAGAAGAAGGCCGCGAACCCGUUCGAUUCCGACUCCGACGACGACAAGCCGCAGCAGCGGCAGCCGGCGCGGGCCUCCUCCGUGCCUCCCCCGGACGAACAGCAGGGGCGGGGCUCCUCUCUCUUCGGCGGCGCCGGCGGCGACAGGGCCGGGCUCUUCGCUUCCUCCUCGACCAACCAUCACUACCGGAACGACUUCCGCGACGCCGGCGGCCUGGAGGGCCAGUCCGUGCAGGAGCUGGAGGGGUACGCGGCGUACAAGGCCGAGGAGACCACGCGCCGCGCGCAGGGGUGCGUCAGGAUCGCCGAGGAGAUGCGGGACACCGCGUCCAAGACGCUCGUCACCGUCCACCAGCAGGGGCAGCAGAUCCACCGCACGCACAUGAUGGCCGUCGACAUCGACCAGGAUCUCUCCAGGAGCGAGAAGUUAUUGGGUGAUCUGGGGGGCCUAUUUUCCAAAAAGUGGAAGCCAAAGAAAAAUGGCGCAAUCAGGGGUCCUAUGUUAACUAGAGAUGAUUCCUUCAUAAGGAAGGGCAGUCAUUUGGAGCAAAGGCAGAAGCUAGGGCUGGCAGAUCAUCCACCUCGAUCAAAUGCACGCCAAUUCCGUUCUGAACCCUCUUCAGCACUUGAGAAAGUUGAGAUGGAGAAGGCAAAGCAGGAUGAUGCUCUGUCUGAUCUAAGCGACAUACUGACCGAGCUGAAAGGGAUGGCCGUUGACAUGGGCUCUGAGAUAGAGAGCCAAACAAAAUCAAUGGGCGACGCAGAGAAGGAUUAUGACGAACUGAACUUCAGGGUCAAGGGAGCAAACACUCGAGCUCGCCGUCUUCUUGGGAGAUAG